AAUACACCAAACUAAUAACUGGUGUAAGUAAUUGGUGUCAUUUUAGACGCUCUCAUCAUUAAAAUUUGUGCAUUUGAAUUAGAAAAAUAAGAAUAAAAUUAUUUAUGGAAGACUUAGCAGAAGAAAGGGAAAAACAGGAGUUUUGCGAGGACAGGAAAUUCGUGGGAGAUGAAAGAAGAAUGAAGAUAGUGACGUACAACGUGAACGGCCUCAGGCCUCGAAUCUCACAGUUCGGUUCUCUUCCCAACCUCCUCAAUUCUCUCGACGCCGAUAUCAUCUGCUUUCAGGAGACGAAGCUUUCGAGGCCAGACCUUCGGGCGGAUUUGGUUAGGGCUGAUGGCUACGAAUCAUUCUUCACCUGUACUCGAACUUCCCACAAAGGCCGAUCCGCCGGCUAUUCCGGUAUUGCUACAUUUUGCCGUGUGAAGUCUGCGAUUUCUAGCAAUGAAGUAGCAUUACCCAUUGCCGCGGAGGAGGGAUUUACAGGACUUCUUCGGGAUUCUCAAGGACAUCGGUCCAGAAAGGAUGACUGUUCUUUGAUAGCAGAAGGGCUUGAGGGAUUUUCUAGGGACGAACUUCUCGAAGUUGAUUGCGAGGGGCGUUGUAUAAUCACAGACCAUGGCCAUUUUCGUGAGUGCCGAUCAUUGAUAUUUCUAUUCAACAUAUAUGGUCCCAGGGCCGCUUCAGAUGAUUCUGAAAGGAUCCAAUUUAAGCUCAUGUUUUUCAAAAUAUUAGAGAGAAGAUGGGAUUGUCUACUACGCCAAGGACGGAGGAUUAUUGUUGUUGGGGAUCUUAACAUUUCUCCUGCUUGCAUUGAUUGCUGUGAUGCAUCGCCUGACUUUGAGAAAAACGAGUUUAGAAGAUGGUUUAGAUCUUUAUUAGUGCAGAGUGGUGGGCAUUUCUUGGACGUCUUCAGAUCAAAAUUUCCUGAUAGAAGAGAAGCCUAUACAUGUUGGUCAACUAGUACUGGUGCUGCAGAAUUUAACUAUGGGACAAGGAUUGACCAUAUUCUUAGUGCAGGGUCAUGCUUACAUGAAGAUCAUGAUCUAGAAGGCCAUGACUUUGUCACAUGUCAUAUUCAAGAGUGUGACAUACUGGUGCAAUACCAAAGGUGGAAACCAGGAAAUACACCAAGAUGGAAAGGAGAGAGGAAUAUCAAGUUAGAAGGCUCAGACCAUGUUCCUGUUUAUGCCACAUUAAUGGGACUCCCAGAGGUGUCACAGCAUAGCACUCCCUCAUUAUCUACCAGAUACCAUCCUCAGGUCUCUGGGUAUCAGCAAACUCUCGUAUCAAUGUUAUCGAGGAGGGAAUCAUUAAAUCAAAUUAGUAUUGACGGUGGAUCAACUUCAUCAUCGGACAAAAGUGUUACUGAUACAAACACGAUUCACGAUAGUCAUUCAAGAUUUGAGAGCACUCAGAGCAGCAAUAAAAAAGCAAGACACAGUCGGAGGUCGCAGCUUACGCUCAAGUCUUUUUUCCAGAAAGUUCCGAGUGGGAUUUUAGAUGGCAAGAGUAUGAGCGGACAUUACAACUCUAAUUCCCUUCCAAAUGCUACUGAAAGUAGUAAGUCUGUGGAAUGGAAUUUGAAUGAGAGUGAAUCUACUCAAGAGGAAGGUCUGCUUGAAGUAUGUAGCACUCUAGAUGAUGAAACGAAGAGGAGUGAUGCAUCAGAGGAGUGGCAGAGGAUCCGACAAUUCAUGCAGAACAGUGUGCCGAUUUGCAAGGGCCAUAAGGAGCCUUGUGUUUCUAGGCUUGUUAAGAAAGCAGGCUCAAAUCUAGGACGUAGGUUUUAUGUCUGCGCCCGUGCUGAGGGACCAACAUCCAAUCCUGAAGCAAACUGUGGUUACUUUAAGUGGGCAUCUUCAAAACCCAAAGGCAAAAGCUAGUAGUAACCGUUUCCAUCUUGACACACAAGAGUCUAAGGAAGGCUUCUAACAAAAUUGUCUUUCAGGUCAGCAAAUUUUAGAAAUCUUCUGUGCUAUACCGAAUUUCAUGAUUGCUUUCAUAAUUAUUCAAAAAGUGUUUCUUUUAGAGAAACGCCUGAGCUUGAUGUAUCCAAUGAGUGUUUUGUUCUCCACCUAAAGAAAGUUCUAAUGAAACUCGUGGGAUGCUAAGAUCUAUGAAUCUCACCACCCAGACCCUGUACAGAGCUUGUUCUUUAAGAGCUCGCAUGAAGGCUUUUGAGGAUUAUUUUGAAAAAUCUAUAUACCCGUAGUGUUCAAAAUUGAUAUCCUUAGCUUUUGGUUUUCUAAUUCCUUGGUUUUUGAAUUGUAGAAGCAUGUGACCAUAUUGUUUAGACUUUAGGGUUAUGGUG